CCCAGACGAAACUCGUCGACGCGAUUCCGAUCGAUGGGGAAUGCCAUGAGCGGCCGCAUGGACGGUGUCUAUGGUCUCUCUGGAGACGAGAAAGAAGCGAUUCUCCGAUUCGAAGAUGCGGAGAUCCACCUCUUGCGUGAAGUCUUCAAGGGUAUCACUCAGACCACAGCUGACAAUUCGGUGGACAAGGAGAACUUCCUCAAGAUAUUCCCCAUGCCUGGACUCUUGGGAGAGCGGUUGUUUGCUGUGUUUGACAAGAAUGCGUCGAAUUCGAUCACGUUCAACGAGUUCAUUGGUGGCCUGGCGAUUCUUACCAAGGGAUCUCGCAACGAAAAGAUGAAGUUCAUCUUUGACCUUUACGACGUGUCCGACAAGGGAUCCAUCUCGAAACGGGAAAUGACGACCAUGAUCCAUCAGUUCCCUCAGUCUGCGAUGAUCCUUCUCAAGGACAUGAAGAUGAUGCCUGCUUCGAACGACAAUACGCAUGCCGACUUCGAGCAAGUGGACUUGGACCAACUUGUUGAGGAUGCAUUCGUUAACCACGUGAAAGACAAGAGCGAGCGCAUGACGUUUGACGAAUUUCUCGCGUGGUGCGACAGUACCCCCAUGAUCUCCGAGUUUCUCAUGAGCAUCCUUCCUGUGGACGAGCAUCAAGCCGCGACCAAUUCCGCGGUUGCCGCUGCGAAACUCGAUGACAGUCGGUUGGCAAACCCUUCCCGUGAAGGAGCGUCCACGGAAACGCGGUUACGUCCGCGGCGGCGCAAUUCGUACUCCCCGACGCGAAAAGAAAAAACGCCACUGGGACGGUUUCAAUUUUCAUCCAGCCUCAACUUGAAGCGCGACGCGACACGGGAGCUUCUCUUGCAGGCGAAGGAAUCGACCGCCGCACCCACCGUCCUGCAAGCUAUCGAGAACGCCAUCGUUGAAAUUGACAAGUUGCAACCACGGCAAGUGACGACAACAAGCAGUCGAAUACCGCGGCAAUCGUUUGCGAGUGAUAUUUGCCACGAUGGGUACUUGUGGAAGAAGGGAACGCGGCUCAAGCAGAUGAAGCGGCGGUAUUAUGUCCUUCAGGGCAACUUUCUCUACUACUAUGCGACGAAAGUCGACACGAAACCAAAAGGAGUGAUCUUCGUCUCGGGGCGAUACGUCGAUGUACCGUCGUAUCCAACCAUGGAGAAGCAAGGCUUCUUCGCGUUUCAACUCACGGCUGAUGCAGGCGCCGUAGAGGAAACACGAUUCUUGUAUGCGAAAACGACCGUCGACAGGGACGAAUGGGUCGCCGAGCUGCAGCGAGCCAGCUGUAAAGUGUCGAUCGACCAAUUCUACGCGUUGGGUCGUGAACUUGGGAAAGGACGGUUCUCUCAUGUUCGGGAAGCCACGCAUCUCGUCACGAACGAGUCGUUUGCAGUCAAAGUCAUCGACAAGACGCAGCUGGGGAUCACGGAGAAGGAGUUGCUGCGCACGGAGAUUGCGAUUUUAAAACUUGUCAAGCAUCCACACAUAAUCCACCUCAAGGACGUGUACGAGAACAAGCACCACAUCUACAUCGUCACAGAACUCUUGUCCGGCGGCGAGUUGUUCAACAAGAUCGUCGGUCGAUCUCGAUACACAGAAGCGGUGAUUGAUAAUCCAUUUCGAUAUUUCGAACGAUCUGAUUGGCCCAUAUAUAUAGGAAUCUCGAACCGUCAUGAAACCGCUGUUCGAAAGUGUGGCAUAUCUGCACAAGAUGGGCAUUGUCCAUCGCGACAUCAAGCCAGAGAACAUUCUAUGCGGGGAUAAGCUGACGGACUUGCGGAUUGCCGAUUUCGGCCUGUCUAAGCUCGUGUAUCCGCACGAGAUUAUGAAAAUGCCCUGCGGAACCCUCAACUAUGUUGCACCAGAAGUCCUUUCCCUCGUCGGAUAUGGCAAGGAAGCAGAUGUGUGGUCGUUGGGAGUGAUCAUGUACCUUCUCCUCCGCGGCGAACUGCCGUUCCAUGGCAAGACCAAGAACGACAUCAUUCAAAAGACCUUGCAUGCCGACGUGUGUGUCGACCAAGACGACUCUUGGACCGGCAUCUCCCUCGAUGCCAAGGCCCUGCUGCAAAAUAUCCUGUCCAAGCAACCGUCGAAACGAUUUACUGCGCACGAAGCGUUACAACAUCCAUGGUUUGGUAAAUCCAACGAUUAACGAGACGUUUAGCCUAAUAUAACGUUAACAAAUCUGCACCGAUCGGCCCAUUUC